GGAACUAAGCCAAAAUGAAAAUUAAUAAAUGAAUAAAUUCGCUUUCAACUCGAUGCUAUUCGUGUAAGUUUCCCAUUCUUCAUUCUUAAAAAAUCUAAUAAUGAUUUCUGCGAUUUAUUGUUGUUUGUGCAGCCCUACCAACUCCGUGCAAAUAUUUUGAUCGGUCACCAUUUUAUGUAAAAAGAAACUACGGUUGUUUUGUAACAUUAUUUCUUUCAUAUUGCAUGUCAUAAAAUAUCUUAACCCCAAAUAUAGCGUUUUUUACGUAAAUAAUUUUAACAUUAUUCUAUUGAUCAUUAAUAUAACAUUAUUUAAAGCAGAAACUGAAAUACAUUUCCCUGCGCACCUCACACUCCGUGACUUUACAAUUGGCCAGCAGCUUUGUUGCUUGGUGGGUCUCUAGCGGGCAGUGUUGACAGACUUCUUUCAAAAAUAUGAGACGUUGACAUCUUUAGCUCCACACUAAUGAAAACACUUGAUUUUAUUGGAUUUUAUACGAAACCCCUUUAGUCUUUUACAAAUUAGUUUUGUUAGUCGCGAUUAAUAGUGUAAAAAGUGGCGUUUUUCUGCUGGUUGAUGUUGUUUUGCUGAACUGUUGUUACUAAAGCAGACCGAAGAAGAUGAUGGAGGAUGAAGACUUUUUACUCGCUCUUCGUUUACAAGAGCAGUUUGACCAGGAGACACCGGCUGCUGGAUGGCCCGAUGAGGACUGUCCGUCCAGUAAGAGGCGCAGGGUUGACCCCUCCGGUGGUUUGGACGUGAUUCCCUUCACUCAGCCCCGAGCCGAGAGACCGCUGUCCAUCGUGGACGAGUCCUGGGAGACCCUGGACCCAAACCCCGACGUGAGAGCCAUGUUCCUGCAGUUCAAUGACAAGUUCUUCUGGGGGAAACUCAGCGGUGUGGAGGUGAAGUGGAGUCCACGGAUGACGCUAUGUGCUGGUGUUUGCUCUUAUGAGGGAAGAGGAGGUCUGUGCUCUAUUCGACUCAGUGAACCACUCCUGAAGCUCAGACCCCGCAAAGAUCUUGUUCAGACUCUUCUUCAUGAGAUGAUCCACGCUCUACUUUUUGUGACUCAAAACAACAGAGAUCGAGAUGGACACGGCCCAGAGUUCUGCAAACACAUGAACAGAAUCAACCAAGCAAGUGGCACCAACAUCACGAUAUAUCACUCCUUUCAUGAUGAGGUUGACGUGUACAGGCAGCACUGGUGGCGCUGUAACGGACCCUGUCAGAAUCGCAGACCGUUCUUCGGAUAUGUAAAGCGUGCGAUGAACAGACCUCCCUCGGCCCGGGACCCCUGGUGGGCUGAUCACCAAAGGAGCUGCGGUGGAACGUACACCAAAAUCAAAGAGCCAGAGAAUUAUGGGAAAACAGGCAAAAGUGAUAAACAGAGAGACAAGAUGCCUGCCACUGAGAUGCCGAAGAAGUCAAAGCCUCCCAGCAGCACAUCAAGUUCUGGCUCUCAAGACAUCAGGAAUAUCAUUCCCUUCAGUGGCAGAGGGUUUGUUCUUGGAGGAAAUGCACAAAUACCCACAAACAAGCAGAUUCAAAGUCCUCCUAAAGCGCCACCAGAACCUCUGCAUUCUCCUCCGGAUUCUCCGCUUCUUCCGAGACUGCAGCUCAAUGAGGACAACCUCAAGAGGCUCAGCUCAGGUACGUCGAAUAUUCCGCGUAAAAGGUCUGUUGGCAACACCAAUGCCUUUAUCAACGUCAAUGGCUCGCCUGUGAGAAUUUCCAAUGGCAAUGGCUCAGGAGGCAAGCAGCGGUCAGUUCGAGAUCUCUUCCAAGCAAUAGUUCUCAAAUCUCCAGACAGAGGAGCCAGCGCUGUUGGAUCUUCCAAGUCUUCCACAGAUGCCUCGACAGCAGACUAUAGAUCUAAUAGUGCCUUGGAUGCAAAACCUUCUGGGAAGACAAGCCUGAUCACUGACCAUCUCUCAUACACCAUCUCCGGGCCAAAGACACUUUCAGCAGAGUCGAAUAUCUCCAAAUAUUUUGGAGGCAGUGCCAAAACAGACGUCCAAGAUUCAAAGUUGAAAACCUUUGGAAGCCCCCAAAAGUCUGCAAUUGGAACGCCGGGAUACGUUUCUAAGGCCUUCGGAAGCAACCAAAGACCAGAUUCUACAAGCUCAGGAAUUCGAAACACGGGAAGUCCCCAAAGGUCGCAUGCUUCGGCUACUUCGGGGUCCAGUUUCAAGCACUUUAGAGGUCCUGCAAAGCCUGAAUCCAAUUUUCCAAGCCCCAGAAACAUUGGCAGCCCUCGGACAUCAGGGACAACACCUUCAGGAGCCAAGAAAAGAUCAUGGGAAGAGCAUAACUCAGAGCGUGUCUUUGAUUACUUCCAGAGGACAGUUGGAGAGUCGGCCACGUCCACAGACAAGAAACGAGAGGAGGUCAGAAGCGAAGCUCCGCCUCCGGUCAGGGAUCAGCAGGCAAACAAUCCUCCAGCCCAAAUCACAGUCCACUGCCCUGUGUGCCACAUCAGACUACCCGAGUCCACAAUUAAUGACCAUUUAGAUUCCUGUCUUUUAUAAGUACAUUUUAGAAGAUAGAAGUGUUGCUCUGAUAUCAAUUUGUUCAAAAUCUCAGGGAUAACCUGAAGUGGAGGCAUAAAGUAUUCUUUUAUGUAAUAAUAGCGAGAAAUUUCAAAGGAUUUGUAGGAUCACCAUCAUGUGGUUCCAAUCCCCUGAGACCUUUGCUUAUCUUCAGAACACAAAUUAAGAUGUUUCAGAUGAAAUCCAUAGGCGGAAAUGGUCUCAAGACGUUUAAAGUCUAGAAAAGGAGCCAAAAACAUCGUCAAAACAUUCAGUGGAUAAUCAUACAAACCUCCAAGUACAUAAAACCCCGCAUGAAUAUGACUUUGUUCGCCAUUCUUCACAGCCGACAAAGUUGUUUUUAUAGUGUUUUGGUGCACACAAUUGUUCAAGAAGCUUCAUAUGAUCACAGCUGAAGUCACAUUGAAGGUUUUGGCUCUUCUUUUGGAAGUUCUUAGAUCAUCUUGUGACCACUGCUGUCAAUGGAGUUUGAGAGAGCUCCAGGAUUUCUUCUAAAAUAUCUUCAUUUGUAUUCUGAAGAUGAACGAGGGUCUCAUUUUGGUCAAUUUUACGGACAUGAGGGUAUGUGAUUCAUAACAGAAUUUUACAUCUUUGAUUGAACCCUUUAAUUGCACAAACAAGGUAAGUCUCGGAUCUUAACGUAAUUUUAGAAGUCAUCACCAGCCCAAAACACCCCACAUUUACUCUUAGACUAAUUGCACUCACUGAGCUAUUCUACCUCAUUUUUUGUUAACAGAAGUGUUUGCAUCAUGUGAAGAAUGUUAGGUGUGUCAGCGCUGAUUGAUGGCAGGGUUGUAGGUGAGCGAGUGGUUGAAAGAGGCGUCGCUUGCCCUUGUUGAUGUCCGCGCUUCACGCUGAGUCAGCAGCAGGGAAUUUCACACGCAUUGACUGUCCAGCUGUGGGAUUUAGAUGCGCUUGUGUUUCUGCCGGAUCAGGCUUUGCAAGGUGGCUUUCGACUCGAGUCAUCAAUAACAGCUCGUCACAUGAUCAAGGGGGCGGGGUUUGCGCCUCAGAGCAAUGCUCACAAAUAACCCCACCCUGAUGUGAAUAUGGGGCGUGUGCACUCCUGAUGUAACAGCAGACAUGAUAUAUUGUUAUUAUAUGACGUAUUGUCGUGUUUCAAAUCCAACCUUAGAAGGAAACAAUGGCUGAUGACGAGGGCAUGGCGCUCGUGUUACUGGUAGAGCACGCAGAUGUUAUUUUCUUGGCGUGGUUUACUUAAAGGCUCAAGUGCACAACAUUGAUUCAGUGCAGUGGUUUGUUCGGUGUUUGAUUUGCUCGAGGCAUCGAUGAUGUCAUUUGUUAUGUAUGCAUGUGGUUCUAUCGGUUGGUGAUAAAGACAAAUUAUGCCGUUAAUGCAUCAUUCUCUCUGCCGGGAGUGAUUUUUGCACAACUUAUUGCCUUAUAAAUGGUUUUAUAUUGAUUCCUGUUACAUUUUAAUAUUAAAUUGAGAAGUGAGGGUGUUAACACCCCCACCACCAAAAAAAAAAGAAAAAUCCCUGAUCAUUUGAUCUCUCAAAUCUUACGCUAGUUUCAAAUCUGUUGAACGCAAUGGAAGAUAUUUUGAAGAAUGUUGGAAAGCAGCGCUAUUGACUUCCGUUGUAUUAUUAUUAGCUACUAUGGAAGUAAAUUGUGCUUUCUUACAUUCUCCAAAAAAAAAAAAAUGUGUUCAACAGAAGAAAGAAAUUCAUAAACUACGUAAAUAGUGAUGAUUUUUGUUUUGUUUUAGGGGAGUACUGUCCCUUUAAGUGGUUAUAAAUCUUAUGUAUGUUUUAAAUGUCACGUUUGUGCCUGUUAUGUUGGACUGAAGUUGCCAUCGUUAACCAUGUUGUUGAAAUAAAUGUUCAAUUGACUAUUUAAA